AUGCAUAAAUUUGGACACACUUGCUGUUUUAUUGAUUUGAAUACAUUUAGUACUAAUUAUUGAAAAAAAAAAAAGUUUGGUAAAGUCAUUGACCCUUGACCUACAUACACAGGUGAUUCCAAUCAUGAGAAAGGGUUAAGUCGCCAACUGCAAGUUUUUCUCCUCUUUGCAUCUUCUCUGAAGAGCGGCAAUACGGAAGCCUCAAAACAAAACUCUCAAAUAACCUGUGCUGCGGACAUCACCCAUGGAGUGAUGUGGGGAGAGAGCGCCAUCUACCCACCCGGAGGGAGAAAGGUUAACUGUGCUCUCUCUGAGCGCCGGCAGCUUGAUGACGAAGUUGCAUGAGCAGGAUUCGAACCUGUGACAUCCUGCUCAUAGUGGCAGCACUUUAGACUGCUGGACCACUCAACACCCCUGCAACCAACGAUUUAUAAAGGAAAAUCAUGAAAAUGAUUAGGGGUGCCCAAACUUUUUUAAUACCACUGUAUAAAGACUUCUGUAUAAAGGUUCUGCACAUUAUUGAAUCUGUUUAAUGCAUAUACAAAUAUGGUUCCUUAUGAAUCCAAAACGGGUUCUUCUCUUUAAAGAAACGUUUAUAAAGAGCACAAUCCCAUAAAUCUGCACCAUGUUACAGAGUUUAUCACUGCAAAUUACUCACCCUGACACGGUACAGAGCUUUACACAGCUUCACUACACACACCUCAGCUCUGGUUCCCACACCACAAAUCACGGGACGGAUGGAUGCUGCCAUUAUACAGAACAUAUAAAGCAGGACAUGAAGGACGAGCUUCCUCUUACUGCUGAUUGUCCUGCAGCUCUACAGGUUCUGUGAGUUCUGAUCAUCAUGACGGUCUCCUACACGCUGGAGGUGGCUAACGCCAGGUUCGCUGGCUUCACUAAGCUCCUGUUCAGAUGGAAGGGCAGCAUUUAUAAACUGCUGUAUAAGGAAUUUCUGCUGUUCUGCUUCCUCUACAGCCUCUUCAGUCUUAUUUACAGGUGUGUCCUCACUGAUGGUCAGCAGGAGCUGUUUGAGAGAGCAGCUCGUCACUGUAAUAAAUUUGCUAAACUCAUCCCCAUGUCUUUCGUUCUUGGCUUCUACGUCACCCAGGCCUUCCAGCGUUGGUGGGGUCAGUACACCAGCUUCCCCCUCCCCGAUAACCUGAUGAUGGUGGUGUCAGGUAACGUCCAUGGCUCUGAUGAGCGUGGUCGUCUCCUGAGGCGAACGCUGAUGAGAUACGCCAACCUCUCCUCCGUGCUCAUCCUGCGCUCCAUCAGCACUCGCGUCCACAAGCGCUUCCCCACAUUACAGCACAUAGUGGACGCAGGAUUUAUGACGGAGGAGGAGAUGAGGACUCUGGAUCAUCUGUACUCUGAUUUUAAUAAGUACUGGAUGCCGCUGACCUGGUUUGCCAACCUGGCGUCAAAAGCGAGGGAGGAGGGCAGAGUGAAAGACGACAUCGCUCUGAGACUGCUGAUGGACGAGCUGAAUAACUACAGGGGGAAGUGCAGCAUGCUCUUCCACUACGACUGGAUCAGCAUUCCUCUGGUGUACACUCAGGUGGUCACUCUGGCGGUUUAUUCGUUCUUUGCGUUCUGUCUGAUUGGACGGCAGUUUGUUAAACCUGAGAGAGCUGAUGAACUCAAAGUUCACGUGGAUCUGUACGUCCCCGUCUUCACCCUGCUGGAGUUCUUCUUCUACGCCGGCUGGCUGAAAGUAGGAGAGCUAAUCAUCAACCCGUUUGGAGAAGACGAUGACGACUUUGAAACCAAUCAGCUCAUCGACCGGAACAUUCAGGUAUCCAUGCUGGCUGUGGACGAUAUGCACCAGAACCUCCCACCACUGGAAAAAGACAAAUACUGGACUGAUAAAAGCUUCAGUCGGCCCUUCAGCCCUGCUAAACCCAUCUUUAUGGGCUCGACCUAUGACAUGAGGGCAGUGGAUGAUGAUGAGGAGGACUCGGCCCCCAGCUAUCUGACCCCGAUGCUGUCGGUCAGUGUGUGGCCCCCAGCUCCCAAAAAGCAGAAAAAGAGCCGCAGACUGUGCUGCUGUACCAAACCAGAGAAACCCACAGACCCAGCCCUCGACCCGGAUACCAUCCACAUAACACCGGCUAAACCAUGUGUCCCUCAGUGUGUCUCAUCAGAGGAGACACAACACAAAGAUCAUCAAAACAGAGACAAAUCAGUGGCCUGAUCUGAACCUCACAGCUAAACUACACAUUAAACCCAAACGGAAGUAAUAUAUUUACUAUAUAUUUAUAAAUAAAUAGCAUAUAUUAAAAUUAUUAAACACAGAAAUUUAGUACAUCCUAUAUUUAAGUAUUAGAAAAUAUAAAUUUAACAUGGCAGAAACUUUACUGUUCCAUAGGCACAGACACACAGUAAAUUUGUAUUUAAAAUCUAUUUUGGGGUUUUGUCUUAAUCAGCUUUACGCAUCUAAAGACAGAUUUUUAAUCUUGUUCUAUAUAAAACAGCUGCAGCUCAGCUAGGUUGCACCAGGAGAGCCUAUAUGACCAGUAAUUUCAAUUUUUAAAAUUUAAGUUCGCCAUGGAUGUAAGGUGACAAAAUUUGAAAAAGUUCAAGGGGUAUUAAUACUUUUGCAAGCCAAAGCAUACAUACAUGUCUGUUUUAUAUAUAUUUAACAGAUUCAUUUGUAUGUAUAUUCAUUUUUCUCACAGGGAACAUCAAAUAAAUGUCUUUCAAAUGCCUUAACUAACUGGAUCUGAUUCAUGAUCUGAAUUUGGUGACUUGCAUGUACAGUAUUGUGUACAAAUAAACAUCUUUUGUUCUGUGUGUAAA